CCUCGUGAGUCAGUGAUGAGGGAAGGUGUGCGCCGCCUCUCCUGGAUUAGUAAGGGAGUUUAAGUGCUCUACCUUGAUGUCAGGUUGAGGAGGAGGAGCUUCGGCCGCUGCUUCGCCAGGCACGUCUUGGUGGGUGCCUGAGGGGCGGGCCUGGGAGAUUUGAGAGGAGGAGGAGAAGAGGGCGGCAUGGUGCACCCCUUCAGCGGCAGUGUGCGGCACGCCCCGCGGGGCUCCGUGCGGGAGGUGGUGGAGGUGGGCGGCACGCUGGUGCGGGGUGGCAGCGACCCGGGGCUGCUGCGUGCCGGGGAGGGCGUGGCGGGGCGCCCCGUGCGGCGGUCUGCCUGCUCCUUGCCGGCGUCGCUGGCGGGGGAGUGCCGCGGGGCCUCGGCGCGGGAGGGCCGCGAUGGUCGGCCCCUGAGCGGCGCCGCGCCCCGCCGCGUGCUGCGGGUCACCAGGGACUACUUCGACCCGCGGCGCUCGCGCGUGCGGCACACCCUGCUGGGGCAGAGCCGGGGCAGCGGGGCGGGGCGGGGCAGCGGGGCGGGUCUCAGUGCCUCCAUGACCAUGCCUUCUUUCACUACCUCUCCCCAGCGCCCCAGCCCUGCCCCGCCCCCCCAGGCCCCGCCCCCCACCACCCACGCCCCCAACACAGAGGCCGCCGCCACACACAAUUCCAACGUCCACGCCGCUGCCGCCUCCUCGUCGUCGGGCUCCGGGCCGCGGCCCCGCAGGCACCGGCGGGGCGUAUCGGGGCUGGCCGCCGUAGUGCCCCGUGCCGCCCGCCGCCGCCCCGAGCGUGACCCCAAGAGCCGCAAGUACGUGGCGGGCAGUGCCAGGGGCCGCCCCCUGCGUGCCCCGCUCCCCUGGCGCCCCGCGGCCCCGCCCCCAGACCCCCUUAAGCCCCGGGGCGCCUCCUGCUGCUGCUGCCCCGCCACCAUCACCACCACGCCCUGCUCGGCCCUGGCGCUGCUGCCGCUGCACCUGCUGCUGCUCGUGACGCUGACGACCUUCCUGCUGACGGGAGCCUUUGUCUUCCACGCCCUGGAGGGUCCGGGGGGCGCUGGUGAGGGCGCCGUGGAGGUGAGCCACAGCGCCAUCGUCCUGCCCGGCACCCCGCGCGACCCGCUCAUGACGAAGGCGCGGGAGGAGGUGGUGGACCGCCUGCUCAACACCUCCCUCACGCUGGUGCUGCACAGGAGUAUGGACGUGAUCGUCGACACCGUCUUCACCAGCACCAAGAUGCAGGCAGCGCUGAGGGCCUUCGAGCAGGCGGGUGGCGGUCCGCUGCCUACCGAGAAGGAUGUGGAGCGGUUCAGCCGGGCCCUCAUGACGGAGUGGCGCCACAACCUGUACGACCUGACAGCCCGCUACCACGCCCUAGUCGUCCGCCACGCUCACGGCUUCCAGGUCGGCCCAGCGGAACGCCAAGCCAUAUGGGACAACGAAGAGCCCCCUCCCCCCCUGCCCUGGACCCUCCCCACCGCCCUCGUCUACACUUUCUGCCUCGUCACCACCACGGGCGGCCUCAACGCGGCGACGGAGGGCGGGCGGGCGGCGGGCGUGGUGUACAGCCUGGUGGGCGUGGCGGUGUACGUGGGUGUGGUGGUGGUGUGGGCGGCGCGACUUGGAGCCACGCUGUCGCUGCUGCUGGGGAUGUGUGCCAGGAGGAAGGUGAAGUCCCCAGGCAGGAAGGCCAGCAAGGGGGGCACCUCUCCCUACCACAAGAUGCACAACAACCCUGGGCCCCCCUCCCCCCCUCUCCCCCAGGACUCCUCACCACAGCACGCGCCAAGACCAACGCGGUUCACGCUGCUGCUGCUGCUGCUGUUUAUAUACAUCGUGGGCGUGGGUUCUCAAGUGCUGGGCGGCGACACGUUUUGGGCGGGCCUUGAGAACGCCAUCUUUGCACUGCUCACCGUACGACCCCCACGACCAUUGCCCCAGAGUGUGCCCCGGGUGGCGGGCUACCUGAUGUUCACCCUCUGCGGUCACCUCCUGCUGGCCCUCCUGCUCUACAGCCUUAAGGAGCUGUGCGUCAAGUGGUGGAGAUUGUGGGGCCGGACCAGCUGAUCACCGGUGUAGCAGCUCCCCUCACACCUGCCGUCCCCUUUUACACACCUCUCCAUCCGUCCAACUUACCCCCCCCCCUUCUCUCUCUCUCCCUCUCCAACCCCCACAGUAAACAACGUCAGUAAUCUUUGUCGCAUGAACUUUACUAAUAAAUUAAUUUUUAUCA